AUGCACCCUCUGUUCCACAAGGUGGGCAGCAAACCAUGGAUCUUGAUGCCGGACACGAGUACAGGGGACCUGACGAAAUUGUGCAACCACAAAAGAAAAAUAAUGGCGACAGCCUCUUUAGACUGCAAGCCUCCAGAUCACGUCAAGCUGCGGAGAGCUCGUUUGCCGACUGCGGAAAGGAAAUUAAUAGAUGCGAUUUUUCAAGAUUGGAUCCGGUCGAUGAACGACUUCCUCAGGCUCGAAGGAAUUCUAUCUGGUUGUGUGGAGGUUCUUAAACGACGAGUCAUCGCGGCCCAAUUAAGUUAUGGAUAA